AGCAUCAAGAUUGGAUUGGUUCUGAAAGGGGACUACUACUACACAGUAUUUUAAAUGGUAGUCUACUUUCUCAACAAAUAGAUUGAUCGCAGCAAGCCGGGAAAAUACAUUUGAAGUAUGUUUUUUCUUUGUGAAAAAGGCAAGAGGCGUGGUUUUAUUACUACCAAAACUAGAUACUGAAAAAAAAACGGAUUUCGUUUUUAUUUCCAAUUACAUUGUAUUUAAAAAACGCAGUGGACAAGGAAAGCUAAAACAUUCAUUCAUUGGAAUUCAUAAUUUUGUGUGGGAGAGCGAGAAAGGUAGGCUACCAGAAUUGGACAUUGAGUAUUUCACCAUGGAAGAAGAUGAUAAUCGCAAUGGAGAGCGUCAAGAUUCGGGCGAAGAAUUCAACAGAGCUAUUAUUCCUCUUCUUCAAGCACCUGGGAACCAGCAACCGCACCGAAUCACGAACUUUUACAUUGAUAAUAUUUUGAGACCAGACUUUGGACGGCGGAAAGACGGGACUUUUAAUUAUGAUGAGAAUCACCUCAAUAGACGAGAGAAUAGUCCUCGUCUUCCCCCAAAAUCUGGGCAGUUAGGUGGGACCGUGGCAGGGGAAGGAACAUCGAAUUCUCGUUCAGUCGGUGAGCCAAAAAAAGAUAUUGUUGGAGAUGCGCCUCUCAAGUCCCGAGGAGAAAUUGGAGAUCAGUGCCUAAGCUCCGACUCGGAUAGUUCUCAAGCCAAUUCUGCACCUUCGUCGAAACCUAUGCUCUGGCCAGCCUGGGUGUAUUGUACAAGAUAUUCAGACCGGCCAUCCUCAGGGCCAAGAUCUCGUAAACCAAAGAAGUCGACCACUACCACGACAACGACGACGACCCCAAGCAAGGAUGACAAGCGUCCAAGAACGGCCUUCACAGCAGAACAACUACAGAGACUAAAAACGGAGUUUCAGACUAGUCGGUACCUGACCGAACAGAGAAGACAGAGUCUGGCACAAGAACUCGGCCUCAACGAAUCUCAAAUUAAAAUCUGGUUUCAAAACAAGAGGGCUAAGAUAAAGAAGGCAACCGGGAAUAAAAACUCUUUAGCCUUGCACCUGAUGGCACAGGGACUAUACAAUCAUGCCACAUCAUCUAAAGAUGAAAAAUCAGACAGCGAUUGAAGAAAAUAUACAAAGCAAUAAAUAACUUUAAAGGGCCAGUGUACAAAAACACCAGCAAAUAUUUAAAACAUGAAUGAAACAGGAUUUUGCAAUAUUCUGUAGGUAUAGUUGUUUUUUAAAUUGUUUUUUAAACUUUGCUAGGUAUUAUUACUGCACUGUUGGAGCUAGAAACACCAGCAUUUCGCUGCACAUGCGAUAGCAUCUGCAAAUCAGUGUAUGCGACCAAUACACUUUGAUUUGGUUUAAACCAUUUUGUGUGAUAAAACGUUUGCCAUGUUCUCCCUGGAACUUUAGAAUUGCUUCAGCAUCAAAGUUUGUUUUGUUUUUAACAAGUUUUGUUUUUAUCACAUUUGACCGAAAUAAUGGAAACAUGCUGAUGUCCAAAGAUUUGUUCUGCUGCAUUUUGGAAACUGUGAAUUUUAAAUAGCCUAAAUAGUGUUUAUCUAUGUUUUUACGUUUUUUUAUCACACUGUUUCCUUGUACUUUGAUGUUCAUGUUGAAAAUAGGUUUUCUGAGGCUCCUUUGUUUUGUGUAAAAAUACAGCCUGUCUGAGUUGAUAUGGAGGGAACCAUACGCAUUAAAUGAUGCGAAUUAUCUGAUAACAAUGCAUUUUUAUAUUCAAGUGCUGCAUUAACUAUAGCUAUCUCGUGAGCAUUAAAAAUGAAUAAAUUCAGUAAAAUAAUUCAGCUUUGGGUACAUGUAUUGAUAUGAAACUGAGAUUUGAUGAAAAAUAAAUACAUAAUAUAUUCAAUAGGCCCACAAAUUACUUUAAACUUGACCCAAACUAUAGAAAUGAGUUGAGUCAUAAAAGGAAUGUAGCCUAACUUCACUUUCACGAAAGGACCUAUCUUGAAAUACCCAUAGCAUAUAGUAAGAAAAACAAAACAGUAUUUUAUAAACCGAAAUAUUUGUCUGGUAUGCAAGCGCGUAAAACGAACUUUCUUGCAAGUCUACCAUUGGUUAACAAUGCUAUGAUUCACCCCAAAGUUCAAGUUAUGCGCGCGUAGCUCAUAUC